AUGGCCCCGAAAGGAAUAAGUACGGGUACCUUGAAUCUGCGCUUUAUGCAGAAUGCUGCUCGUACACAAGAACAAACUGGAACAUCUGGAUCGUCCGCUGCCGCGACUGUUGCUGUACAGGAUGAUUCGCGCUGGGAACUUCCCCAGGCUGCGAAAGAGGGUUGGGGUAACAGUACCGCAACUACCUCAAAGGCAGGCAUAAUACAGCAAGAGACUUCAUAUCUUCCUUUCAUAUUUGGCGAGGACGCUUCGGUUGCAUCAACGAGCAGCAGCCAAACGCGAGGGCGGAGAUCAUGGAAUAAGAAGGGCGAAGAGGUGAAGAAGGAAGACGUGCCUAUUCCAACUGAGGUCGAGGCUGCGGUUCCACCUCUUACAGAGCAGAAGAAACUAUCUCGUAUCUCCGGUUCAGGCGCUGGUCAUGUUGUCUCUGCUCGUAAGGCGGAGCCUAAAGCGACAAAGUCCAAACCCGGUGGUAAGACUGCUCGACAAGCUCUCAGCCAAUCUGGCAGUGUAGGGGCCGACCUACGUACGGCAAGAAAAGUGGACUUCACCGAACAACUCGCAACUCCCUCGUCUCCAGCUGCUCCGACAACCUUCUUACGACCGUCGGGUGUUGACAUCCCUGCCGCUCCAAAUCAUGCGUCCGAAGCAGCGAACAGCAAUCAGUCAAGCAAGCGGUCGCGAGAAGCGUCCGAACCCGGAGAGAAGAAGCGAAAGAAGAAAAAGGCGUCUGUCGGCGAUACAUAG